GCAUUCUCCUCGGAGGCCUCGAUCCCACAGACCGGAAGGGCCGCUGGAGAAACAAAACCCAGCGAAAGCCGGGUGGCUUCCUGAGAGGAACCGGAAAACAGCGACCCCCGUGGACGCCGCGGCUGGCGACUGCGCGUCAACUCUAUGGCUCCGGAUAGCUAGACCUGCCCAGUUUGGGGAUUGUUUUUGAAGGUCGCGCAUAAAACGACCCGGAAGCGGAAGUCGAGGAACGUUCUCGUAGCUUGAGGUAUCGGCGGGAGCGGCCGAGUGGCGGGAGGAGCCGUUACCAGAGCCGGAGCCGCCGGUUAAGCCUGAUCAAGAUGACAACCUCCCAAAAGCACCGAGACUUCGUGGCAGAGCCCAUGGGGGAAAAGCCAGUGGGGAGCCUGGCCGGGAUUGGUGAAGUCCUGGGCAAGAAGCUGGAGGAAAGGGGCUUUGACAAGGCUUAUGUGGUCCUUGGCCAGUUUCUGGUGCUAAAGAAAGAUGAAGACCUCUUUCGAGAAUGGCUGAAGGACACAUGUGGUGCCAAUGCCAAGCAGUCCCGGGACUGCUUUGGGUGCCUUCGAGAAUGGUGUGAUGCCUUCUUGUAGUGUUCUCUGGGGACCCUUAUACCCCAGCCCCAGCACAGAGUCUGCAGCAGGCAGGGUUCCUCCCUGUCCUCCAUGAAGGAAAAGAUGGCUGUUGUCACCCUCACCUCCUAUAUACUCCAGGGUCUGUGGGGAGUUCUCUCCCCUUGGCAUUUCAACCUUUCUAGAAUCAUUGCCCUUGCAUGCCUUUCCCUUCCACCUCCCCCUGCAGUUCCGUGGCAGCAGUUACCAGCUUUCCUGAAUGGAUUCCUGGCCCCUUUCUCCCUCACUAUCUGUUGGAUGCCCUUUGGCUCCUUUCCUUUUUUGGCAAAAACAGUCACUGUCCUUAUAAAAGAUUUUUAAAUUAAUAAAAUCAGUGGCCUUCA